GGAUGAAAAGAACCAGUCCAUCAUAGUUAGCGGCGAGUCCGGUGCCGGGAAAACAGUGUCGGCCAAAUAUGCUAUGCGGUUCUUUGCAUCUGUCGGAGGCUCUUCCAGCGAAACCAAUAUUGAAGAGAAGGUCUUGGCGUCCAGUCCCAUCAUGGAGUCGAUCGGCAAUGCUAAAACAACUAGGAACGACAACAGCAGCCGCUUUGGGAAAUACAUUCAAAUCGGCUUUGAUAAAAGGUAUCAUAUCAUCGGUGCCAACAUGAGGACGUACCUGCUGGAGAAAUCACGAGUCGUAUUCCAGGCAGAAGACGAGCGGAACUAUCACAUCUUCUAUCAACUCUGCGCCUCUGCCGGUCUCCCCGAAUUUAAAGAUCUCGCGCUGACUUCCGCAGAAGACUUCUUCUACACAGCUCAAGGAGGAGAUACCUCCAUCGAUGGAGUGGACGAUGCCAGCGACUUUGAGAAGACCAGGCAAGCUUUCACGCUGCUCGGUGUGAAGGAAUCCCAUCAGAUGACCAUUUUUAAGAUACUCGCGGCCAUCUUGCACCUGGGCAACUUGGACUUCCGAUCGGAACGUGACGGCGAGUCCUGCACGAUGUCGAAACAGGAUGAACACCUGCGUAAUUUUUGCAGAUUGCUGGGCGUGGAGCACAGCCAGAUGGAGCACUGGCUGUGCCAUCGGAAGCUGGUCACCACUUCGGAGACCUACGUCAAGCCCAUGUCGGUCCAGCAGGUGGUGAACGCCAGGAACGCGCUGGCCAAGCACAUUUAUGCCCAGCUGUUCAACUGGAUCGUGCAGCACGUCAACAAGGCACUCUACACGACAGUCAAGCAACACUCCUUCAUCGGCGUGCUGGACAUUUACGGAUUUGAAACCUUCGAAGUCAACAGCUUUGAACAAUUCUGUAUCAACUAUGCCAAUGAAAAACUCCAGCAGCAGUUCAACUUGCAUGUGUUUAAGUUGGAGCAAGAAGAGUACAUGAAGGAGCAAAUCCCCUGGACCCUCAUAGACUUCUAUGACAACCAGCCGUGCAUCGAUCUCAUAGAAGCUAAGCUGGGUAUCUUUGACUUGCUGGAUGAAGAAUGUAAGGUCCCGAAGGGAACAGAUGAGAACUGGGCGCAGAAACUGUAUGAUCGGCACGGCGGCAGCCAGCACUUCCAGAAGCCUCGCAUGUCAAACACCUCCUUCAUCGUUGUGCAUUUUGCGGAUAAGGUGGAAUACCAGUGUGAAGGAUUUCUGGAGAAGAACAGAGAUACCGUGUAUGAAGAACAGAUCAAUAUACUGAAAGCCAGCAAGUACCCGAUGGUGGCCGACUUGUUUCACGACGGGAAGGAUGCAAAGGCGGGGGCCCUCGGUGGGAAGGGAGCUUCCUCAAAAAUCAACGUUCGCUCUGCCCGCCCGACUGUGAAAGCUGCCAACAAGGAGCAUAAGAAGACCGUGGGGCACCAGUUCCGUAACUCCUUGCACCUGCUCAUGGAGACCCUGAACGCCACCACUCCGCAUUACGUACGCUGCAUCAAGCCCAACGACGAGAAACUUCCCUUCAGCUUCGAUCCAAAGAGAGCGGUGCAGCAGCUGAGAGCCUGCGGAGUGCUGGAGACGAUCCGCAUCAGCGCAGCCGGCUACCCGUCCAGGUACGGCACUUCCAGAACUGUUUGGUGUUUUAAAAUAACGUACUGUUUUGAACUUGGAAAAUCCUCCGGAUAA